AUGACGGAGGCUCCUAAGCCCCAGACAACUUCUGAGGCCGAGGUGCUGAUGGAGUUGAGUGAGCGCAAUGCCAUGAACAAGGGUAACAGAUAUAGUCGCGGAGGUUGUUGCAGUGAGGUCGAUGCCUCGUGUCCGUUGGAUGCGUCACAGCGCAUGUUGGUUGUGAAAAAAUUGCUUCACGGCCCUAUUCGCCCCUUUCACAAGUGGAAAUGGCGAAAGAUUAACCUGCAGAGGAGGGCAGAAAUAGCUAAAACGUCCGCCCACACUGUGGUCGGGGUCUCCGGUGAACAAAACGGUGAAGAACCGGGGGUGGAUCGUGGGGAUGCGGACACGGUCUCCAAGUCUAUUGCUUCCCUUAAUUCUCCCGCGGUGGACUUUCAAAACGACGUUGAUUUGUGUGUCGGAGAGGGCUCACAUGUUGCAGGUGCAUCACAGGUCAGCUCCACCCCUCUUUACUCACCCGCUGUUAGCGCUUCCCCACCACUGGACAACUAUACCGGACCGUUAUCUUACCAAGGCCCAGUACACUUUGAUGAUAAGACACAUUCCUAUACGACUACGUUGUGUGUCAUCAUGGUGGGUUUACCAGCACGCGGUAAAACGUUUCUUGCGCACAAGGUUUGCCGACUACUGGGGUGGCAUGGUCACCGUGCAAAGGUUCUAAACGUUCAGGUUGCUUGGCGACGGUUGCUGAUGAAUUACUAUAACGGGCAAGGAGAUGAAUCACGGUCUGAACGGAGCAGGCUGAAGGAAAAGGACCCGGUUUACGUUCGGGCGGAGCACUUCCAUGCGCUUGUAAGUGAUUCGAACAGCGUUGAGCGGAGGCUCUACCGUUGCGUUCUGCAGCAGUAUGCUCAUGACGCCCAGAACUUCUACGCCGAAGGCGGUGAAGUGCUUGUGCUCAAUGAUGACUUCCCUACGGAAGAGUUGCGUGACGAAGCCGAAGGUCUAUUUUCCCCACUUUGUACACAGACGUUCUUCGUAGAGGUGGUGCGAAGCAACAAAUUUAACAAAACAUUUGAUGAAUUUAAGGUGAGGGAUGUAAUGGAAUAUCACUCAAGUGUAAAACUGAACGAUGCAAAAAGAGAUUUUGAGCGGCGUGUGGAUUACCUGAAGAGUGUGUACACGUCUGUCGGCGCUGCCUCAUGCUGUGCGAACCAGUCGAACUCGAAAACUGGCGACAAUAGUGCUUGCACCAUGUUGGAGGAGAAGGUUGCUAAGCAGAGGGGCACCAAGCGGUACGUGAGGGUAAAUAACUUCCACGAAGUGGAGGUGUGUGGUGUGAUGGGAUACAUCGCUAGUCGCAUUGUUUCGUUUGUUAUGAACGUCACUCAACUGAAGGUUCAACACCCUAUUUACUUUGUUCGUAAUGGUAUGUCUGUUUACCAUUGCGAGGAUCGAAUCGGUGGCGACUCGCCGCUUUCUCCAGAGGGAGAGCAGGAUACUAUUGAGUUGCUUGAGUUUGUUGCUUCCUUGACGCAGUACGUGGAGCAAGAGAGGAAUGAUACAGAUUCCUGCGUUUGCGAAACUGCGCAUACGGCUGGUGAUGGAGAUGGUCGGGUGCGGGAAGGGAGUGGAACGUGUGCAAGCACCGAUACUCAUAGUGCUUACGGGUUUCCCGACAGCCCGCAACGUGUCGUGAUAUGGACGAGUCAACUAUAUCGCGCAAUUCAAACCGUAGAGAAGUGUGAGCAGUUGCUUGGGAUUAAGACAACACGGUGCCACAGCCUGAACGAAUUGUAUGCCGGUGUCUGCGAGAAUUUGACGCACGCGGAACUUCGUGAGCAGUGCCCACUGAUGCAGGAGCUCCGCAAUUGCAACAAAUUUAGCUUUCGUUAUCCCAAGGGUGAAAGCUACAAGGACCUUGUACAACGCCUUGAGCCCGUCAUCAUGGAACUUGAGAACACAGACCGCGUUGUUGUUAUUGUUGCGCACCGUGCUGUGCUACGCGCCCUACUGACGUACUUUGGGAGUAUUUCUGCAGAGAGUUGCAUGUGGUUGGAUGUACCGUAUCGUACCGUGUGGAAGUGUACAUACGAUAGCAAAGGCAUGACUUCGCUGGAGGAACUGCGUUUUGACGAGCAGGAUGAAGCUGCACCGGUGGAAUGA